UAAAUUGACUUUGAUACUAAGUUUAUUAAACAGUUAAAUUGAUAUACAUUAUCAUGUCAGGAGACUCUGAUUCUGAAACAGAAUGGCCAAAGGAUGAAACGAAAUUUUAUGGCGAUGCAAAAGAGUAUUGGUCAGAAAUUCCAUCAACUGUGGAUGGCAUGUUGGGAGGCUUUGAAAAGAUUUCACCCACAGAUAUUAACGGAUCCAAGGCUUUUCUCAGGCCGUUCUUAAAGAUUGGAAAAGGUAAUACAAACACACAUAGAGCAUUGGACUGUGGAGCAGGAAUCGGUCGUAUUACAAAAAGGCUUCUUUUGCCCAUGUUUGAAACAGUUGAUAUGGUUGAAUUAAAUAAAAAGUUUUUGGAUUCUGCUCCAUCUUUCAUUGGACAAGAUUCUUCAAGAGUGGGCAAAUAUAUUUGUUCGGGACUACAAGACUUUACUCCUGAGGCUGGAAGGUAUGACUUAAUUUGGUCUCAGUGGGUAUUAGGCCAUCUAACAGAAGAACAUUUAGUAGGAUUCUUUUCUCGAUGCAAAACUGGUUUAACACCAGAAGGACUUAUAGUUGUUAAAGAAAACGUUUCCGGAUCUGGAGAGACAGAGUUUGACGAUGUUGAUAGUAGUUUUACACGGAGUAAAGAGGACUACAUAAAUGCUAUGAUUAAAGCAGGCUUAACAAUUGUAAAAGAAGAAAGACAGAAAGGUUUUCCAAAAGGAUUAUAUUCAGUUUUUAUGUUCGCUCUUAAAUAAUGUUAACUGUAUCUAUGAUUUUAAUAUUGAUGUGUGUUUUAAUACCUACUUAAUGAUUAUAAUCAAACUUUCCCUUGAUACUAAUAUAUCUGUAAUAUGUGAUAGAAACUCUAAUCCUGCUGAAUGUUACAAAUGGAUUUGCCAAGUUUCCAUUUCUGGAACACAGGCUAUUAUCUUUAGGGUUACCAAAAUAAAAAUUUGCACCGAAAAACCAACAGUAUAUAGCCUAGCCACUGGCUAGACAGCACACAGGUGGCAGUAUCAGUG